UUAAUCAAGCUCCCCUUUUGUGCUUCCAACUCCGCCUUCUCAGCCUACAGACUAAUGCUUUUCCCCCCCUCUGCUGCUUUCCACUUUUCCCAUGAUUUAGAACAAAUAUUUGCCUUGGUAACUAUUUUCCCUGGUUACUCUCUUGGCUGAUUUUCUGCACAAAGAACCGAAAGGCAUGUAUCCCCAAGGGAAGCAGUUAUUUUAGAUUUUGCAAAGAAGUCAGUUAACAAUUUUCAACAAUCCCUUCUUUGUUUUAAAGAAAGCUCUGGUUUUGUUUCAUUUUCAUCUGGAGACUUAAAUGACACCAAGCAAAGCCUACUUAGUUUAGAUUUCCAGGAAUCAAAUAGUGAAAAAGCAAGCAUGAAGUUUUCAAGCUUGUAUUGUUUUCUUCUGCUUCUCGUUAUUCAAACUGACUUUGGACAAAAUGAAGAAACUUCUAGGAAGGAAAGAAGGAAGAUGUAUUAUAGAAGACAGAGAAAAAGUUCCUCGCCCAUCCACAGAUCCAGUAGACAGCUUGGAAUUCAGCAAAUGAGGAUAGUUACACCAGCAGCAACACUUCCCAUGGUUAACUUGGAUUAUAGUACGGAGGAAAAGUUUGAAUCCUUUUUAAGAUUUCCCGGAGUAGAAGCAAGCUAUAAUGUGUUACCAGGAAAGAAAGGACACUGUUUGGCAAAUGGGAUGAUCAUGUAUAACAAAGCUGUAUGGUCUCCUGAGCCCUGCACUACCUGCCUCUGCUCGAAUGGAAGAGUCCUUUGUGAUGAGACCAAGUGCCACCCUCAGAUGUGCCCCCAAACAGUUACACCUGAAGGAGAAUGCUGCCCCGUCUGCUCUGAUACUGUAGCCUCCUAUUUGCUACUCAGUAGUAUAGCAUUAAAUGACAGAACUGAAUUUUCUGGUGAUUCUUCAGAACAAAGAGAACCUACCAGUUUACUUCAUAAGCAACAGCCGUCUCCUUGGGUGGAAAUGCAUCAAGCACUGAGAAAAGAGGAACUUCAAUUUGAGGAGGAAGAAGAAAUUAAACAAGAUGAAGAUAGGGAGCAAAAGGAAAAGAUCCCUAGACCUGGAGAUUGGGGGAGACCUCCCAAUGAGCGACAGAGCAGAGAAGGGGGAGAGCAGAGACCUGGAGAGAAGGGGAGGCAGGCCCAUCAACACAGAAACCCAGCAAGGGAGAAUGAGAAUGAGGAUGAGGACGAGGAUGAGGACGAGGAUGACGAUGACGCCGUCAGAGGAGAUAUGUUCAGGAUGCCCUCUCAACUCCCAAUCCCAGCUACCCCCAGGGGCAUACCACCUCUGCCAAGCAGGUGCUCUCUGUCAUACAAAACCAUCUCCUGUAUCAGCGCUGACCUCACACAAAUACCACCGCUAACAGCACCAGAGAUAACAAGUCUGGAGCUCAUAGGCAAUUCUAUCACCUCCAUUCCGGACGAAGCAUUUAAUGGAUUACCGAAUUUGGAAAGGCUUGAUCUGAGCAGAAAUAAUAUCACCUCUUCAGGCAUAGGUCCAAAAGCAUUCAAGCUUCUAAAGAAGUUAAUGCGCCUGAAUAUGGAUGGAAACAAUUUGGUAGCGAUUCCUUCAGAACUACCGUCUACAUUAGAAGAACUUAAAAUCAAUGAGAACAAUCUUCAGGUUAUUGAUGAAGAAAGUUUAUCAGACUUAAAUCAAUUGGCCACCUUAGAAUUGGAAGGAAACAGUCUCAGUGAAACUAAUGUCAAUUCUUUAGCUUUCAAACCUUUGAAGAGCCUAUCCUACCUGCGUCUGGGAAGAAAUAAAUUUAGAAUUAUACCACAGGGUCUUCCUGCUUCUAUUGAGGAAUUAUACCUAGAAAAUAACCAAAUUGAAGAAAUAACUGAAAUUUCUUUUAAUCAUACCAGAAAGAUCAAUGUCAUUGUACUACGUUAUAAUAAAAUUGAAGAAAAUAGAAUUGCUUCUUUAGCCUGGAUAAAUCAAGAAAAUCUAGAAUCAAUUGACCUCUCCUACAACAAGCUCUACCACGUCCCCUCCUAUCUACCCAAGUCGCUGCUGCACCUUGUGCUCAUCGGCAACCAGAUAGAGCGCAUCCCUGGCUUUGUGUUUGGUCACAUGGAACCAGGCCUGGAAUACCUGUACCUGUCAUUUAAUAAACUUGUGGAUGAUGGCAUAGACCAAGUUUCCUUCUAUGGGGCUUAUCAUUCUCUGCGAGAGCUGUUUCUGGAUCAUAAUGAAUUAAAAUCUAUACCACCUGGGGUACCAGAAAUGAAAGCACUACAUUUUCUGAGAUUGAACAACAACAAGAUACGGAAUAUUCUUCCAGAACAAAUUUGCAAUUCUGAAGAAGAUGGUGAUUCAACCCUGGAACAUCUUCAUCUUGAAAACAACUAUAUUAAAACAAGAGAAAUAUCACCCUACGCAUUUUCAUGCAUAAGAUCAUAUUCAAGUGUCGUUCUUAAACCACAAAAUAUCAAGUAAUUCCACGUUUUUCUUUGUCAUUUGUAAAUUAUACUCACAUAUCUGUUUCAGUAGCAUCUUUCAUCAAUAAGAGAGAUAUAAUGUCAUGUUAUACUUAGUAUCAUUAUGCUAGCCAACCUGAUUCGCCAAUGCACAUAAGAACAACCAAAGACAUAUCUACAAGGUUUAGUCUUCUAGCAGUUUUAGUGAAGGUUUCAGUUUUACACUCUAGAAAGAGGCCAUCUCAUUGCACAGUUUUCUCAUGAGAAUAGGAUGUUGUGUGCUACUGAACUAGACUGGAAGAAUCUGGAACAAAAUAAGCAUGUCCUUUACAACAGAUCUUAGUAUUGCUAUUAGCUAAGAACUCCCUAAGUCCUUUUAAAAAUUAUGUAUAUUAUGGUUCAAGACCAAGAAGUUGAUAACAGGAAAAAAUAAUAGGUAGAAUUUAUGAACUAGUGUUCUGUUUAUUAUCCUACUGUUAAAGCAAUAAUUUAUUAAUUUUCUAUAAGACCCUAUGAUACAAUUACUGGUAUAAAUAAACUUAAUUAUUGUCUUAGCUUUAGUUCCUUUUAUUAAUUAUAUGUGUGGAAUUGAAACACUACUAUAAAGUUAAUUUCCUGGUUUUGAGAAUUGUACUAUGGCUAAGUAUGUGGUUAUUAACAUUAGGGGAAGCUGGGAGAAGUGUAUAUGUGAAUUCUAUAUGAUUUUUGUAAUUUUUCUGUAAGUCUAAAAUUUCUCUGUAAGUCUAAAAAGUUUAACAGUAUUUUAAGAUCACCCUCAUUAUUCUUUGCUCAAGAUCAAAAGAUUUUAUGGGAAGCAGUGGAGUUUGCUUAAAAUAUAUGUUAAUUUUCCUUGACUAAACCUUGUAAAUGUAAACCUAAUGCAUAAAUUUAAAAAAAUUUUUGCUCCUCUGGUCAUUGUUAGUACCUCUUUUCUUUGCCCUAAUUUGCUCAAAUGUAUCCUUUUACUCAGUUCAAUUUAACAUAAAGCUAUUAGUAUUCACUAUGUACUAGACCCUAACAAAACCAUAUAAUAUAUUAAAAUUUUCAUUAUAUAA